UCACUGCGCACCUUCCGUGCGUUUAGAUCGUGUACCGAACUUUGUACCAUCGUCGGCUAUGGUAUCGCCAUGCCUUUGAAAAUGGCUGAAAAAUUUGCGAAAUUCCAGCGGUACGUGCUCUGGCUCUACAGACUCUAUGAGCUGAACACACAGAUAGCCAUCUGCGAGCCAUGGGAGAAGGUGUUCUGCCACAUACUCAUUGGCAGCUGCAUAUCCCUUAUUCUGUAUGCCUCGUAUGCGUAUGUGCCCGGCUAUUGCCUAAGGCUGGUUGGGUUUCUAAUUCCGCCGGCUGCCACGAAUAUAAAUGACACUUUUAAUAAUAUCAAAUGUGCGACAGCGGAUGGAAUAUGCAGUAAUAGUGAAUCUUACCUUACGUAACAUUAUUUAGUAAUUAUUAUUAAUACAAAA